AUGGCAGAGAACAAGCCAUACCGCUAUGGGCUCAUUAUCCUUGGGAUGGCGUUUGUGGCGCUGGGUCUGUUCAUGAUUUCCGUAGAGGAACCACAGGUGUUCGCCACAUUCUGCGCUGUGGGAGUGAUAAUGGUGGGCAUGGGGACGGUCUGGUCCAUGUGUCAGUGUUACCCCAGGGUGACUGUUAUACUGGCAGAGAAGGAAGAGCUCUGUGGGGCUGAAAAACAAGACUCGAGUGCUGAAAGCUUGGACGAAAAAAGUCCACCGAAACCAAUAAGAGCUCCCUUGGCUGGCUUCUGUGAUGAUGAAAAAGUAGAAAUAUCGGCAGAUCCAAAACUCCACGCUGAGCACAAACACAGUGAGCGCGUCAUCGUCCUCCACACAUGUCGAAGUUCUCCCAGUGUGCUGGCGUGUUCUAGCACUCCAGUGAUGGACAGAAGAACCACAGGAGCAGACCCGAACCGAGAGAUGUACUAUGGGAAAAUGGAGGACUCGUGUUACUUCACAUCUGAGCUGGAGAGUGAAUAGCGCCUGUUGAUUAAUGUCCAAAUCAUCAUCUACAUCUGACAUAAAGAUUUGCCACUAUGUUGUCAUACUUUUAAAAUGAUUUUAAGUGUGUAAUGUAGGCCAUGCAAUCACAUCACAUUUUACAUUAGGCAUGUUAAUGUCAUAAGGUCUGGCCAAGACUUUGUCACAAGCGUUCCACUCUCAGUGAAAUUAGGCUGGAAAAAGUUUAAACAUUAGGUGAUGAAAUACUUGUGACCUUGACUCAUAACACCGACACCAGAGGACACUGAAAGAGGAACUUCCUGGAAUGUGUUGUUUUUAUAUCUGUCUGUGGUGCUCUUUCAUAUACAUGAGACAGCAGGAUAAAUAACCAUAUCUGGAUUGAUAUCUGAUUUUAGAUUAUUUAAAUAUAGUGUGGUAGUAAAAUUCUUUAAAUGUGUUAGGGAUAAUUGUUGAGCCAGUUAUAGAUAUUUUUAGCUAUACAGUUGCAGUAGCCUACUGAACUGUGAAUCAUUUCGGCCACAAAGUAUGUGCAACGCGCAUGUUUGUUUUCCUGUCACGGUGGGGACUUUCCAUUUAUUAGGUUCCAUUUCUGCCAAAAAGGAGUCGACUGCUUUGUACUUGUACAUCUGUCCUUGUCUACAGUCAUUGCCUAUGUGUUAAGAUAAAGCGUUGUACUAUACAUUUGUCCAUGUCUACAGUAAUUUACUUGUUUAAAUAAAUUAGUAGGCCUA